GUUCUUUGAAGAUCCGAAGAACCUACUUUGGGUAAGCGCAUCUGGCACAAUGACUGGCAAUGGGUUUGCUUGGGGGCAGAGCUGCCAUACCCUCGCCUGGGUGUACAUGGUGACCGGGCUUGUCCCCGAGAGUGUCUUCUGCAAGAUGAAGUGCUGCAAGGUCACUGGCGCUGAUAUUUUCACGUCGGCGCUCAUUCAGUGCACGAAUGGUGCCACGAUCUGCUGUCAGGGUCUAGCUGGCCUACCUGGCCGUAAUGCUGUUGGAUCAGCAUCCAAAAAAGGAAAGCUGAUUGAGAACAAGAUUUUCGGCUCCCUGGGUUGUCUCCUGUACAGCGGGGACGACGCCGACCCUGCUUCAGGUAAGCUUGAAGUCCUACUCCACGAUGGGUCGACUGAGAGUGAGGACGGCUUCUUCUUUGAGAACACCUCGAAGGGGGGCCCUGGACCCGAGUCCUUGCAGAGUUUUUUGACCGCGUGCAGCGGCCAAAAGGUGGAGAAUAUGGCCGAUGCAACAAAUGGCCUACUGGUGGUUCAGACGAUUGAAGCCAUGUACAAGAGCGCCAAAGACGGCUCAGUGUGCAGGAUCAAGGCAUGA